UCCACGGUCGAAUGCAUUUAAUAGGUUAACAAUAGGAAUUCCGUUCCCAAAAUGAAGCUAAAAACGCUUCUGCUGAGGCUGCUGCUUAGCAUUGUAUCGUUGGUUGUGUUUAACGAGUUCGUUGUGUACUACGUUGUGCUCUUAAAGUGUCAAUGGCCUACGAAGCCAGUACCCGUUCACGGAUUGGAGCCGGUCAAUGUGAUGCUGCUGGCCGACACCCACCUGCUGGGCCCGAUCCGGGGGCACUGGUUCGACAAGCUCCGCCGAGAGUGGCAGAUGCACCGUGCGUUCCAGUCCGCAGUCACGCUGUUUCAACCGGAAGUAGUCUUCAUACUGGGUGACGUGUUCGACGAAGGGAACUGGGUGAACCAGAAAGAGUUUGAAAAUUACGUCGAUCGCUUCCGGAAGCUGUUCCACACACCGCGCGGCGUGGCACUGCACAGUAUCGUCGGAAAUCACGAUAUCGGGUUCCACUAUGCGACCCGGCCCAAUUUGGUGCAACGGUUCGCCGAUCAGUUUAACAAUACCGGCGUGGGUUUGAUAAGUUUGCGGGGCGUCAAUUUUGUCACAAUCAACUCGAUCGCCAUGGAGGGGGACGGAUGUUAUCUGUGCGAGAAGGCCGAGAAGGAACUGAAAGCGAUUGAGUCCAUUUUCAAGUGUGGCCGCGGCAUCGGACAGUGUAAGGAUGUGCCGAAGCUGGAAGAGUACAGCCGACCGGUUUUGCUGCAACACUUUCCCAUGUACCGCGAGUCGGACAAGGAGUGCAAGGAGCACGACGCACCCUCCGUUGAGCUGUACCGCGAACGCUGGGAGGUACUCUCGAAGGAAUCGACGGACAUGAUUGGAGAUCUGCUCAAUCCGAGGCUCGCAUUCAGCGGACACUCGCAUCACUACUGCCACAUGGUACAAAAUCGGUUGAAAAUCGAAGAAUAUACACUACCAUCGUUCAGUUGGCGCAACAAAAAUGAUCCCAGCUUUAUCCUGGCUCGCAUAUCUUUGGAAGAGCACACAAUCUCCCGGUGUCGAAUGCCGGAGGAGCAGACCAUCCUCACCAUAUACCUCGUCGGUGGAAUUCUGAUACUGCUAGCGUCCACACUGAAAGUGGGCGGCUUUGUCAGUCAACUGUACCGUUGCCGCGAUCGGAGGGACUACAAAAAACUUACCAAAUAACCGCUCAAGCCAUAAGUAUCUCGUCAAACCAUAUUUUAGCGCAACCUAACGAAAGUCCGAGAACGCGUUUGAAAUAAACCGUUGAAAUAUUUCAUGCUGAUAGUGUUGACAGCGGUAAGUUUGUUUUGUUUUGUGCCGUCUUCCGCGAC